AUGUCUUCCACUCCUUUAAAAUACUAUCCUGUUGAUGAAUUUGAUCCGAAAGACUUUCUCAGUACAUAUUUUUGUACCAAAACAGAUGACGCACUUCUGGAGGAUGUUGUCAUAAACCCCAUGAAAGAUGUGCUUAAGGAACUUAAGUCAGGUCGCUUUUAUGGGGGCAUGUUGACUGACAUGUCUGUUGGCCCAAGUAUUUUUCACCUCCUUACAAUUUCUAAGCUCUUCAAAGAAAUCGCUAUAUUAGAAUUCAAUGAUUCAUGCGUCUCUGAACUGAAGAAAUGGCUAAACAAAGAUGGGGACGCUCAAGACUGGUCUCAUGCAUCGAAGAUAUUGGCCAACCUGGAAGGAAUAAGUGUUGGGUGGAAUUUAAAAGAAGAUUUGUUAAGAAGUAAAAUUAAGUAUAUUCUGAAGUGCGACUUAGCCAGAGAUAACCCUACCGACCCAGUAGUGUUACCGAAAGCAGACUGUAUCUUUUCUGCAUGGGCACUCGAUGUUGUCAGUAAAACUAAAGAGGAUUAUAUCCGCAACCUGAGAAAAACCUCCACUUUACUGAAGCAAGGUGGUCGUUUGAUAUUGUUGGGAGCGCUCAAUAUUUCUUAUUAUACGGUUGGGGAGCACAAAUUUAGUGUCCUCACUUAUGAUGAAAAAUUUCUCAGAAAGGCUUUAAAAGAUGGAGGCUAUGUCAUUGAAACUUUUGAAGCGAGAGGUAGGAAAACGCUCACUGCCAAUCUUGACUAUGAGAAAAUAGUGUUUGUCACUGCAUUUAAACAGUGA